UUAGGUGGUUUGACCGAAAAAUUCAAUUGAACCACACACUUUAACCCUAUCAUUACAUUGUGGAUGGAUGUGGGUUCCAAAACAGAUUACCCACCGAACAUCGUAUGAAUUGAUGGAAUGCGGUUGAGCCACGGUCCACCAAACAUUUAAAAAUCCAAAUACAUAGAUCCUCUUAUAUUUUAUUAAGUAAUUUUGCCAACAUAUCAUUAGUGUGAAGAUUUAAAAAAAAACGUUUGAAUCACAUAUGAUACAUGGCAAUAUUCACACAAGGGAACAAAUUCUUGAUUGAGUUUGCAUUUAAAAUAAAUAUACCAAUUUAUAAAGUGACCCCUAUAGAAAUCAAUUAUUAUUUUCCCUCACUAGCUCAAAAAUUAAUCCUGCUGUUAAUUAAUUGCAUAAAGUGAUCAUCUGCCAAAGAGGACAACUCUCUGUCGUUCAUUCCCCUACAAUUACUACAGAUAUCUUUAUUUAGCCACACAAAUUAGGAAAAGGAUUGGCCCAGAAACAAAAUUGCUUUUUCACUUUCCAUAUCCCGUAAGGAUUCCCGAAACCCCUUUUCCGUUGCUGGAUAGGACAAGGAAAGCACAAUAACAACAAUAUAGAUGCUGCUCAGUCGAUAGUCUUUACUUCCGAUUCUUUCCCAUCUCUCUGAGUCUCUGGUACCCUUUCCUUUUCGUGUUUCACGACAAUGAAGCUUCGCAGUGAAUUUAAGGCUGCCAACGCUUCCGGAUCUCUCUGGGCGGAGAUCGCCGCUCAUUUCUGCUUGCGGAGGAGCCGCCGUCUAAACCCUGCUCUGAAACCUGCGUCCCGGGACCUCCUGGCGCUGCCGCCGUCCGUUCGUUGUGGGAAGAGGAAGGUCGGUGGUGAUUAUUCGCCGUCGGGUGAUGAGGAGGCGCAGGCGAAGAGGGCUCGGAAGGAAGAAGAAGAAGAAGAAGAUGGGUUUCAUGCUCCGGCGAAUUCCCAAGGGGAUUUAACUGAUGCAGCGGAGAGUGAUUCGGGUCAAACCGGGAACGAAAACGAGGCUGCUUGGGGAGAACGGGAAAAAGAAACGACGCCGUUGCCUGCUCCGAUUUCGGAGGUUUCGACGGAGGAGCAGGGCAAAAAUAACGAGGCGGAUCCAGAACCAGAACAAGAAAUUUCGGGGGAGGAAAAGGGGGGAAUCGACGUCGUUCCUGGAGAACAUCAUGAUGAGACGACGACAUUAUCGCCUUCAAUUAUCGAGGUUAUGGAAAUUGAGAAGAAGGAUUCUACGGAGCGAGUGAUUGCGGCAGAGGAGGAGAUUUGCGUCGUCAACAGAAGCCCGACCUACAGCGACGUUUCGCUCGACGAUCAAAGUGAAGAGAUGAAAGAGGAUUCGGAGGGAACGAUGAAUUCCUCCGAUUAAUUUGCCGUCGAGGAAGAAAUCAACGAGCUUCCCCCGUCGCCGAUGCCUAUUUUUUGUGUUUCCGAAGCAGAGAAGGAUACAGAGCAGGUGAAUUUCAGCGAUCCAUUCUUGACAGGGCCUCGACUCCAUUUCGCGUUGGAUUUGGAUAAGGGAGACGCUGGAAGGAUUAAUUUCGGGAAAUCGGUACUGAAGGUGAGAGAUUCCCCGACGGUGAAUUACGGUGGCUGCGGCAAUGGUGGGAGGAGGACUUUCCGACGAACGGAGAUUUUCGCGGGAGAGGAUUACAGCAGGAUGGAAGUGGUGUGCCUGUACGAAUCGCUUAGUUUGCCAAUCGGGUGAGUAUUAUGGGCCGGCCUAUUAGCCCAAAGCUCAAGUCCACGCAUGAACCAACAAAAGGCCCAUUAAUCAGGCUGGAGCCCAACCGAUGGGUAGACACAGUAGCUAAACAUGAGUCUAUGUAAGAUGUGGUUUGAAUAUGGAGUUUGAAUCCGAUACUUUCUGUAACAUGUUUCUUUGUAUUUCCUUAAAAGCUCAUUAAGAGAAUUUAAUUGCCAAUGAGAUCACAUUUGUUUGAUGGAGUAAACUAUUAGCUUAAUCGGGUGCCUAUUGUAUGGUAAAUAUUGUAUUAUAUUGGUGAUUGGAAUAUAUAUUUGUAUUGAUUGGAUACCUUAUUCUAAUUAAUAAAGUAAACACAUGCAUUCGUUUAAUAAAAAUGAGAUAUUUUGUAUAUGUGGAAAGUAAUCUAGCUCAUUAGAGUUUGUAAAUGGUUUGAGGUAUGCCAUAAAAUCAUAUCAUAAACUUAUUAAGUUGGUUUUGACAAUACGUGCAACGACGGACAAUCGACAAAGUAAGAAAGCAAAUGGCAUGAAGAUUUAUAAAAUUGGUCAAUACAAUGUAUACAUGUUAGUUACUUCAUGGGCAUUGAGAGAAACUGUGACUCUCUCAAACAUAAGAUAAAUAGAUUGCUCAAUUGCAUACCAACAAAAUCGUACUAAAAAAUUCACUAGUUUUCUUGUAGCUGUGAAUCAAGUUACAGUCUCUCACAUGUACGAAAGGAAUAACAUGUACACAAACCUUGCAGGUGUGGAACAUAAUGUAUCUUUGAAUUCACAUUGUAUAUAUUUACCAACUCAUAAUUUUAUGCACCCAUUGUAUUUACCUUGAAUUGAAAAGGAAGCAUGCAUUUGCAUCCAACAAUGAGAAAUCAAAAUAAAUAAGGUAUCAACCUUAAUAUAAAACAAAAGGUUUGAAAUAUGAAAUUAGAAGAAAUUGAACCAAUAAAAAUAACAUCUUAAAGUGGUCAGAUCAAAUAUCAUGAAUUCUCAACAUAUUAUUUUCUCUCAUUUUAGCACAUAUAUGAUCAUAUGUAAUUUAGUGAUCCAUAAAUGCCCUAAACCAAGGUCGGAUUUCGACCAAAAAUAUAUAAUAAAAAAUUAACCAAGAUAAAAGGAGAAUAAAUAACAAAUCUACAUUACUACAGACAAAGCUCAACACACCCCAAAAAUAGAUAAACUACCUGCCAUCAAAAUCUGAUUCCUCCGUGAACUCACUAUUGACACCCUAAUUUUGUAUUGGCGUCAUUUAAUAAAAUGAACAAUUGAAAAAAUUUCUUGAAGUUCGUGGUGAAGAAUAAAUAAAUCUAAGUCCCGAAUGGAAUACAUGAGCAACUAAACUCGACAAUGUUGCCUAUAAAAAUAGCCGCUUUUGGCUUAUUAUUCAACAAGUCGUUAUUGAAUAUUGGUCUCUUGUGUUGUGUGAAUAUUAUUAAAUAAAAUGAAUUGAUGGUGCCCUACGAUGCAAAUCACUCGCUUUUGCAUUAAUCUCAUUUUCCCCCAUCUACUCAUCAAAUCAAAUUGUGCCCACCGACCUAAUUUUGAGCUAGCCUUGGCCCACUCUAGACAUGACUUUGUGAGCAACCCUAAUAAAUUAAAUUUACACAC